GGUCUGCCAACACAGACAUGAGAGUGUCAACAGGAACUUAAACCGUUACAGAUAACCUUCACAGCUACACCAAGGCGGGUUUGACCAGGAUUAAGAGAGAAGUGUUUUUCUGCGAGACCGACCAACUCAAAUCAGAAUGGAAGUGCAGCAUGAAAAAAGUCCAACUUGUGGCACUAUAUGCCUGAAAUCUCUACUUUUAAUCUUCAAUGUUUUAUUCUGGCUGGCAGGAGGGGCUGUUCUGGUGGUGGGAGUGUGGACCCUGGUGGCAAAGAGCGACUACAUCAGUUUGCUGAACUCCAGCUUCUACACAACCUCAACCUACCUCUUGAUCGCCGCUGGCUGCGUCGUGAUCGUCACCGGGAUCAUCGGCUGCUGCGCCACUCUGAACGAGAGGAGGAGCCUAUUGAUCGUGUACUUGGUCCUACUGCUUUGUAUUUUCUUGUUGGAGAUAAUCGCCGGUGUGUUGGCCUUCAUCUACUACCAAAAGUGUUUUCCUUUCUGCUCGCAGGUGGAUAAUGAUUUGACUGACAACUUGAAGUUGACAAUGCAGCAGAAAUACCAGCAACCGGGGGAAGAAGCCUUGACACAGGCUGUGGACAAACUUCAUCAGGAGUUUAAAUGUUGUGGGAGUAACAGCUCAGCAGACUGGGCCGACAGCCUCUGGAUCAAGUCUGACACCAACCAUCGUCUCGUUCCAGAUAGUUGCUGCAAAUCUCCCAGUCACCUGUGCGGGUUGAGAGAUCAUCCGUCCAACAUCUACAAAGUGGAGGGAGGCUGUAUCAUGAAAUUGGAGGAGUUCAUUCUGGAUCAGUUGUAUAUCAUUGGUGUAGUGGGUGGCGGGAUUGCAUUUUUACAGCUGCUGGGGAUGAUGUUCACCUGCUGCCUUUAUCGUAAUUUAAAAGAUGAACCCUACUGAAAUGCACUUUAGAUUCCUCCUGUUUGACACUUUAUUGCCUCUGGUUUUAAUAGAGUAUAGGACGGCAACAUGUGAUACAGAUGGC